GACCUGGCUAGCGGCCCUUGGCAUUGGUACCCAAGAAGCCAAAAACGCUCGCGUUUCGUGGGAGCUGGUGCGAGACCCUGGGAAGGGACACCGGCAAGCCUCGUCCUUCCCCACUCAGGACCGCCCCGUGGCUGCGCCUUCCGAGUCCCCGAGGACCUGCUGCUAUCUGACCCUGCCUUCCCGAGGAUCCUGUUGCAGUGAGACCAUGGCGGCUGCAGGAGCUGACACCAAGGAGCCCGAACGCCCCAACGGCUGCCUUGUCCAGCUUUCCAACCCGCAUCUGGCGACCAUGAAGGAGGACCUGCUGUACCAUUUCAGCCUGGGCACUGGCACGCAUGACUUCCCGGCCAUGUUUGGGGACGUGAAGUUCGUGUGUGUGGGAGGAAGCCCCUCGCGCAUGAGUUCCUUCAUCAGGUACGUGGCGGCGGAGCUGGGCCUGGGCCACCCCGGCGAGGAUUACCCCAACAUCUGCUCGGGGACUGACCGCUACGCCAUGUACAAGGCUGGACCCGUCCUGUCUGUCAGUCACGGCAUGGGCGUUCCGUCCAUUGCCAUCAUGCUGCAUGAGCUCAUCAAGCUGCUGUACCACGCCCGCUGUUCUGACGUCACCAUCAUCCGUAUUGGCACUUCUGGUGGAAUAGGUCUGGAGCCCGGCUCUGUGGUCAUCACCCGGCAGGCCGUGGACGCCUACUUCCGGCCGGAGUUCGAGCAGAUCAUCCUAGGCAAGCGAGUGGUGCGCGGCACGGACCUGGAUGAGCGGCUGGUGCAGGAGCUGAUGCGAUGCUCCAGCGACCUGGGCGAGUUCAACACCGUCGUGGGCAACACCAUGUGCACCUUGGACUUCUACGAGGGGCAGGGCCGGCUGGACGGCGCCCUGUGCUCCUACACGGAGAAGGACAAGCAGGCCUACCUGCACGCGGCCCACGCCGCUGGCAUCCGCAACAUCGAGAUGGAAUCCUCUGUCUUUGCCGCCAUGUGCAGCGCCUGUGGCCUCCGAGCGGCCGUGGUGUGCGUCACCCUCCUGGACCGCCUGCUGGGGGACCAGAUCAACAGCCCACACGAGGUGCUGUCCGAGUACCAGCAGCGGCCACAGCGACUGGUGAGCUAUUUCAUCAAGAAGAGCCUCGGGAAGGUCUGACCUCACCUAACCGUGUCCUGGGCCAGGCUGCGUGCCUGCCACCAAUAAAACCCUGUCCACAGCCCCCUUUGCUGUGAGCUGA